AUGACUACAGAAACAGUCCAAGCCAUCCCAGCAAGCGAGGAGUACUACGACCUUGGCUCAUAUGGGCACGUUAUCAGCACCACCAGCGCCGACACCCAGACCUGGUUCAACCGGGGUCUAACAUGGGUUUACGCCUUUAAUCACGUAGAGGGGGCCUACUGCUUCGAACAGGCCAUUGCAAAUGAUCCGACAUGUGCAAUGGCAUACUGGGGGCUCGCCUAUGCGGUAGGUCCAAACUACAACAAGCCCUGGGAGAGGUUCGAUGAGAGAGACUUGCAUGCCUGUGUAAAACGAGGAUUUUAUGCCGCACAAAAGGCCAUGGAACAUGCGGGGAACGCAACACCCCUCGAGAAGGCUCUCAUCGAUGCAAUUCAAACUCGUUUCGUCGCCGACACUCCGCCUAACGAUUACCCGACCAUCAACAAGAGCUACGCCGCCGCCAUGAAGCUAGUUUACGAUGCUUUCGGGGAUGAUAUCGACGUGGCCACGCUCUAUGCGGAUGCGUUGAUGAACAUGACUCCGUGGGCGUUAUGGGAUCUUUUCACUGGAAAGCCGAAUGCUAACGCGCCCACGAUGGAAGUCAAAGCCGUUCUGGACCGAGCGCUCACUUAUGAGAAAGCCAAUCUCCAUCCCGGCCUGCUUCAUCUCUACAUCCAUUAUAUCGAGAUGUCACCUACCCCGGAACUGGGAAUAAAUGCAGCCGAUAACCUUCGUGACCUUGUCCCGGAUGCCGGUCAUAUCCACCACAUGCCUACCCAUCUGGACAUCCUCAUUGGAGACUGGAGGCGUUCCAUUGCUUCUAACUAUAACUCGACCCUUGCGGACGACAAGUAUUUCCGCAAAGCAGGUGCUGCCAACUUCUACACCUUCUACCGUAUGCACGACUACCAUUCCUUAAUCUAUGCAGCCAUGUUCGCCGGAAAAUCGCAAAUGGCUCUCGACGCAGUGACGCGCAUGGAAGCCACCGUCCCCGAGGAAGUCCUCCGGAUCCAGUCCCCGCCUAUGGCUGACUGGCUCGAGCAAUUCCUAACCAGCCGGCUGCAUGUAAUGGUGCGAUUUGGCAUGUGGGAGGAGCUGAAACAGAAAGAGCUGCCAACUGAUCAGACUCUCUACUCCGGCACCACAGCCAUGACGCACUACGCGCGAGGAGUCGCCUUCGCCGCUACCGGGGAUGUCCCGACAGCUCGCAAGGAGCAGGAACGGUUCAAUCAGGCAUGGAAGCGUGUUCCAGAGACCCGCCUCGCUUAUAACGGGAAGAUUGUCGAUGUGCUCCAGGUGGCUGCGGCCAUGUUGGAAGGUGAGAUCGAGUAUCGGUGCGCGAACUACGAUCAGGCCUUUGCCGCUCUGCGUCGUGCUAUUGAUAUUGAGGAUAAGUUGCCCUACAGUGAGCCGUGGUCGUGGAUGCAACCUUCCCGCCACGCGUACGCGGCUCUUCUGAUGGAACAGGGGCAUCUGGAAGAAGCAGCGCAGGUGUAUCGUGCCGAUCUGGGACUGGACAACACACUUGUUCGGCAGUGCCGUCAUCCUAACAACGUCUGGUCGCUGCAGGGGUAUCAUGAAUGCUUGGUGAGACUGGGGAAGCUGGAUGAGGCAGCAAUGAUUGAGCAAUCGGUUAAAUUGGCUCUUGCGGUGGCGGAUGUCCCCAUCAAGGCCUCGUGUUUCUGCAGGCUGGAUACUUCGCAGGCGCCGCAGGUUCUCACAGGGUGUUGCUCUAAGGACUGA